AUGUAUCAUCUCUCAUACAAUGGAAAGGUUCAACUUCAUAUUGAUGAAAAUGUGAGUAGGGAUAUGAAAAUUCUAUAUCAAACCCGAGUGAAGAGUUCAUAUAGAAAAUUUGUUCGUGCUCCAGCUCCAAGAGGUAAUGGGAGAAAAGAUUAUUUUAAAAUUUGGAGACAAAAAUUGGGAAAUGAUGUAUUUGAUCAGCGAAUGCAAAUAAAUGACCAAAAGUGGAUUAGAGUUGAUGAUGAGGAUGUGAUGGAGAAUAACGUGUCAGGUUUUAAGAGUCAUAGGGAUGUGCAUGGAAUGAAUAACUGGGAAAAACUUGAUUUGAUGCCGGCUAAUUUGGCUAGAGAUGUUGAAAAACAGUUUCAAAAGAAGUUAUUGAUUCUUGAUUUGAAUGGAAUUCUCGUUCAUGUGGUGCAUAAAGAGAGUGUUCUGGGCCUAAAUUUGCAUACAAAAUGUGACUAUGUAAUGAUGCAUUCUUAUGUUUUCAAGAGAAAAUACAGUGAUGAAUUCCUUGAAUUUUGCUUCGAACGAUUUCAUGUUGCCAUAUGGUCAUCAAGAAAGUGGGAUAAUCUAGAUUCUAUUUUGCAAAAUCUAUUCCCAAGUGCUCGUGAUAGAUUCAUUUGUAGAUAUAGUCAAGAACAAUGUCAUAAAGUAAACCAAGUUUUUUGUAAAGAUUUGACUCGUAUUUGGGUAGAUUUACGGGCAAUGAAAUUUGGGGAAUUUGAUGAGAGCAAUACUUUACUUGUGGACGAUUCCGUCGAAAAAAGCGUGAGAAAUCUUGUAGCAAAGGAAAAUGAGAAUCAGAAAUUGAAUGCAUUGAAAUGGAGUUUGACUAACCUGUGCUGA